CCUCCUCAAAAGCCGUGGGGCCAGCAGAAGUCGCCAUACUUCUUACUUAUUCUUUUCUUCUUCCCUCUCUCUCUCUGACAGAAAAUCGAAGCGUGUUGCCUGAAGUUUGCGCGAAAAUGUCGGACCUCUUUGUCGAGCUCACCACGCCCAACGGCCGCCAGUAUAAGCAGCCUACGGGCCUGUUCAUCAACAACGAAUUCCGGCCGUCGUCGGGUGGGCAGACGAUUGUUUCGUUGGACCCAGCAACCGAUAAACCGAUUGCAACCGUCCACGCCGCGACCGCGGAGGAUGUCGAUGCCGCAGUUCAGGCCGCCAAGGCCGCCCUUGCCCAUGCGUCGUGGAAGCGACUUCCCGCGACCGAGCGCGGACAACUGAUGGGCCGUCUGGCCGAUUUGAUGGAGCAGAACAGGGAGCUGUUCGCUGCGAUUGAUGCGUGGGAUAAUGGAAAACCCUACCACGUCGCAUUGAAUGAAGACCUCACCGAAGCCAUCGGCACCAUCCGUUACUACAGCGGCUGGGCCGACAAGACCUUCGGCCAGACCAUCAGCACCACCCAUCAGAAAUUUGCAUACACUAUCCGCCAGCCUCUCGGUGUGGUCGGGCAAAUUAUCCCCUGGAACUACCCACUCUCCAUGGCCGCGUGGAAGCUCGGCCCUGCGUUGGCGUGCGGCAACACUGUCGUUAUCAAAGCAGCCGAACAAACACCGCUGAGCAUACUGAUGCUGGGUACUCUAAUCAAAGAGGCAGGGUUCCCGGCCGGUGUCGUGAACAUUAUCAACGGAUACGGUCGGGAGGCUGGCGCUGCCCUCGUCCAGCAUCCUCUUGUCGAUAAGGUGGCUUUCACUGGGUCCACUGCCACUGCGCGCGAGAUCAUGAAAAUGGCUGCCGGAACCCUGAAGAACAUUACGCUGGAGACCGGUGGCAAGUCACCACUGCUGGUAUUUCCUGAUGCUGACCUUGAGCAGGCGGUCAAAUGGUCCCAUUAUGGCAUCAUGUCGAACCAGGGCCAGAUUUGCACCGCCACAUCGCGUAUCUUCGUGCAUCGGGAUGUACUGGACACCUUCCUGGAGAACUUCAAGAAGGAAGUCAAAACAACGUCCAAGAUCGGUCAUCAGUGGGAUGAGAGUACCUUCCAGGGACCGCAGGUAACGCGUGCACAGUACGAGAGAGUGCUGUCGUACAUCGAACUGGCCAAGAAAGAAGGCGCCAAGCUUCUGGUCGGCGGUGACGCCCACACUCCGAUUGACAGCAAGUUGGAGAAGGGGUAUUUCGUCCAGCCGACGGCGUUCACAGACGUCACGGAUGAUAUGCGUAUCGUACAAGAGGAGGUGUUUGGACCUGUCGCGGUCAUUCUGCCGUUCGACUCGGAAGAGGAAGUCAUCCGCCGCGCCAAUAACACCACGUAUGGACUGGGUGCUGCCGUUUUCACGCAGGAUCUCGAGCGGGCCCACCGAGUGGCGGCAGAGAUUGAGGCAGGCAUGGUCUGGGUCAAUAGCAGUCAAGACUGCGAUCCCAAGAUACCAUUUGGAGGAGUGAAGCAGAGUGGUAUUGGCCGGGAGCUGGGCGAAGCUGGCUUGGAGGCGUACUCGCAGAUCAAGGCAGUUCACAUCAACAUGGGCAGUCGACUGUAGAUAGAGACUUGCGAUACGAGAGAUUAGAUGAAAUGAUGACACAGCACUCAGCUGGCGAUGACAAGAUUAUGCCAACACGUCGACCGUAUCUGUC